UGGCGAUUUGUGAAUGUUGCCCAUUGAAAUUCGCCGACCUCGCCACCAAGAACGACGAUGAUGAUGAUGCGGGUUGCUGUUUGUGUGUGUGUGGUGCUGGGGGUGCUCGUAGCUGCGCUCCCGCCUGCGGUUGUCCUUGCCGUGGAAGACCCGAGCAGCAAUGAGCCAUACAUGAGAGUUGACAAUGGAGAGGUUCAUAUCUGGGGAAACGACGUCGUCCUUCACAGCACAGAUGCUGGCCUGGAUGUGAGCGCCAGCGGCUUGGCAGAUGAGAUCAGCAAGCUCGCCGUAUCCGUGCAGGAGGCACAGGAUUUGCUCGCUGAUAACACGGACGACAUUGUUGCGCUCUCUUCCGCACUCUCCGUUGUGAACACCACCUUCUCCACAUCCAUGUCCACCCUCCGCACAGACACCUCGAUGGAAGUAUCUACACUGUCAACGAUGGUGUCCAGCGAGUUGAGUCGGCAACUGUCGAUGCUGUCGCAAGACAUGACCACAUCCGUGUCCACCAAGAUAUCCACUGCCGUGUCCAGUCUCCGAGACGAGAUGCACGCAUCCGUGAUCAGCUUGGGCACCUCCCUCCGCACAGAGGAUGGUGUGCUGCGCGCCGCAAUCGACAACGCCACGUCUCUUCUCGCCACGCGCCUCUCAACGCUCGAAGAUGACGUGGACGUUGUCGUUGAGACACUCACCGGCAACACCCUCAAACAGAAUGAGCUGUUGGCACUGGCCAACGACACCAUAGACCUGCGAAAGGAGAUUGAAGCCAUUAACGACGACCACCACAAGUACGAGAUUGCGCAGGCCACGUGCACCGCUCUCAAUGGCAACGGAGGCUGGGUGUAUGCUGUUGAGCGCUACUGCAGCACUUCCAGUCCAUCCUGUAGCAGCAUCUGCGCAGACGAAGGCCUCCAGUCCCAGGACGGACAGCUGAAUGGGUACAACCUUGAGUGCUUCAACUCCCUGCACGUGUACUCGCGCGUCAAUGACGAGCAAUCACCGGAAGACGCCAGUAUCUCCUCCCAUCGCCUCACGUACAAGAUCUACAAAUACAACUCAUGCGGAGGUGGUGGCUGCGGCCCCAACUUCUGCUGCUGCCGGCUGGCGUGAUGUUUCGGACUGGUGGCACGCCAUGCGACACGAACACGCAACCCCAUCUCCGCCUUGCUGGUGAUGGUGUUGCUGUCUGCAUGUCCACGCUCUGCCUGCCUGUUUGUUUCCCUCUCCCCUCACCCACAUGCACACGCCUUACUUCCCACGCCUUUCCGUUGGCUCUUGUCUGUGCUGAGUUGACUGUUGUUACAAUACAUGCGCUUCCUGUUCUUUCCACCCGUCCCAUCGCGUAUCCGUUACCGGUUGUCGACAAACGAACCUGUUCCUCCGCUGUUGCAUGCACAUGCGCGCGUGCGUGCAUGCGCGCGUGCGUGCAUGUGUGUGUGUGUGUGUGUGUGUGUGUGUGUGUGUGUGUGUGUGUGUGUGUGUGCUCCCGCCGUGUUUCGCC